GUUCGGGCCAACGGACGCAGCGGUGGCAGAGAUGCCAGAAACCGGCUCCUCCGUGGCGUAGCUGUUUUGGCUCGAGUUCUGCCGAAACAGUUCUCGAUCUCGCUUGCUCCACUGAGCGAGCAGUCAGACUCAUGCCGCGCUCGGGCGCUGAUGACGGCUUGCCCGCAGCGAUGGCAGAUAGCGAGUCGCCCGCCAGUGCCCGCAAAAGGCCGGCUGCCACGGCCAUUGCGUGCCCGCCAAAAAGAACGAAGCAGGACGACGACAGCAGCGACGCUCCGCUGGCAGCCAAGCCACAACCCAAGGGAAAAGCAAAGGCAAAAGCAAAGGGCCAGGCGCCGAAGCCCGCCAAGGGCAAGGCAAUGGCUGCGCCAGUCGAGCCACCUGCAGACGAGGAGAGGGCCGCGCCCAAGGCCAAGGCGAAGGCCCUGCUCGUGGCCAAGAGCAAGGCGCCGACAGCGAGCAAGAGCAUGGCUGCCCCGCCCGUCGAGCUGCACCCCGUCAAGGCCGAGAUCACGGCUGGUGAGCUUAGUGAACUCGAGAAGCUCAAGGGCAUGAAGGUCCCGAAGCCCGUGGUUGCGGCGAGGGACUCGCUGAAGAAAGCAGGCAUCUCCAAGCUCGAGGAUUUGACCGCUGACAAGCUCAAGGAUGUUCUUGAUGAUGACUCGCUCAAGAGCCUGUUCAGCUCAUUGGGAACGACUUUAAAGUCAAAGUGUCCUAUGCUGCACGCUAAGUACGUGAAAGAUACCACGGGCCGCGCUUCCAUCGAGCGCAAGCGAGAGUGGUUGACCAAAUUCAUCAUUGACCCAACAAGCGGAGGUUGCUCCGCAGGGCAAGACACCACCGUCGGCAGCAGGGACGAGUCGGAGAGCCUCACCGAGUGGCUGACAGAGGAGGAGCAGCUCGGAGGGCCAAUGUACCUCAAUUCGCCGCUGCAUGCAUCUAUCAUCGUAAAGUCUUUGGAUUGCAGACCGCAUCGCAACGGGUUGCUGGCGGAGGCGGGCGUGAGGGAGUACAAGUUCUCGAAGGAGAUCCUCAGGGAGAUCGAGUUCAAGAACAACUCGUCGAGCGUGAGUUCGAGCGUGGACGUCAACGCAGAUACCUACAAGCAGAUCCAGGGCGCCAUGAUGGGCCAGGCGAUCUCCAGCGCCUUGCCCUUGUCCGACGGCGCGGCAGGGGAAUCCGAGAAGGAGAAGAAGGACCGCGAGAGGAAGGAACGGGCCGCAGCCAAGGCCGAGAAGGAGAAGCAGGAGGCACAGCAGAACCCGAUGAAGGCAAAGGUCGACGAGGCCAAGAAACUUCUCGACGAGCAGAUCAAGAAAGCAAAAGCGUGGGCCCGAAGCGUGGACGACGAGCUGAGAGAGAUCCCAGGGUACCAGCUGAAACUUCAGAGGAAGGGCUUCCCGCAGUCGAUGGGCGAUUACCUCGCAGAGCAGGGGAACCAGCACCGACUCAGCAUGGAGAAAUUCGCCAACGGCAUCUACACGGAGGCAAAGUCUGUGAAGGGCCAGUCUUCGAACGACCCGCAGGUCUACACCACCAUGUCCGACAAGCUCAAACAUGACCUCGAGCAGGAGACUACAAAGUUCAACACAUUCAAGAAAUCUACGUUGGACGAGAUGCGCAAGAUGAAGGAUUCGUCUUGAGCUGCGUGGCGCAGCGUCGAGCCCAUCGCCAUCUGCCUGGCCGCUAGGCGCAGCGCACGACGUGUUGCGCGCAGUUUCAAGUUCGCUUGAGCCUGGCUGGUCGGGGGGAGGUAUACUGACAAUGAAAACGAAAACGACCGAGCGAGGGAUGGAUGAGGAAAGGAAGUGAUGUUCAUAAUGCCCCUGGCUGAUUUUCUGGCACUGCCUCUGUUCCCACGGUCUUCAGAUGUCCUAUGCAAGACCGCCCUGCCAUCUUUCCACUUCUCGCUCCUCCAGCCCCCCCUUCCCCCCUCGUUCCCAGCCGGCUGGCCUUGCGAGCUUCUUUUUAGGCCCGAGGCUUUGCAGAUCGCGCGUGGGGUUAGCGCGAUCGCUGAAUGGUCCUCGGCGGCAUUCGCAAGAAGCUCUUCUCGGCAUUCUCCGACAAGUGCGCUAGCGCCGACUGCUGCCAUACAGAGCAAUUCCUGAAGAGGAAGUUUGCCAAACAUAGGUUCAGCGCGACUGAUGUAGUUGAAGCAUCGCAGGCAUUUUGCAGCGAUGCACCCACCGAGACGCCUCGUGUUGUCCAAGAUUGGGGCUCGGUCCAGAAAGGAGGCAAUGCCUAUAGAGGGCUAAUGAGGCGGCUGGACAAAAUCGAUCUCCCACCAGUUUACCAAGCGGCGUUGCCCUCAUGGGACCCCCUGAGAAAUCAAAAGGCCACGAUGUUGACGAAUUUUCUGUUACCACACGAGAUGUUACACCACAUGGUUCAGCCUAGUACCGUACAUGAAUGGUGUACGUUUGCCCCCGAGGUCAGCCCACUAAACGAUGUACUGAAAGAGUGGGGCGAAACGCUCAAGCCACCUCGGGAUACGACGACCGAGCUGUUUGCAAGUUUGGGGCUUUGGGGUGAUAGCGCCCCGUACUCGAAGCGAGACAGCGUCUAUCUUCUCACGUGGCAGGUGUUGUCAGGCAAAGAUCGGCAUCGACGGCAUUGGUUUUGUUGUUUCCCAAAACGGUACGUAUGCCAGUGCGGCUGCUACGGCCGUCACACUUUCGAAGAGGCGUGGCGAGUGAUGGGGUGGAGCCUCCGCGCACUGGCAGAUGGGCAUUUUCCACGCGUGCGCCACGACCAGAAUCCGUAUAACAAGAGCUCGGGUGUUGGCGACAGGGAUCGAAUACACCAGGCGGGCUGCGUUUUGAAUUGCAAGGCCGCGUGCAUUCAGAUAAAGGGGGACUGGGCCUGGUACAAACAAGCUUUUGGAUUAUCGGGGUGGAAAGGGGAAGGGGGGCACGGCCACGUAUGCUGGCGAUGCCCUGCCAAUAACAAGACCGACUUUGAUUUCCGCAGGGCUGACCGCCAUGCCCCUUGGAGAGGGCACGAAUAUGAUGAUGAUAAGGCCCUUUUCAUGUGCAUGCUUCACAGUGGGUUCAGGAGUGAGAUCUUCAAUUUCCCAGGCAUGCGGUUCAAGUACAUACUAAUAGAUUUGAUGCACGUGGUGUGUCUAGGGAUUCUCCAAAAUCUCCUCGGCAAUUGCUUCUGGGAGUUGCAUUGCAGCUUGGGCGGUAACAUGUCGCCUGAUUCAACGGGGUCAAAAGGGGCUGUGAGCGUUUUGAGAUCACAGAUACGUUUGGGUUCAAAGUUUUUGGGCAUCGACUGCCCCGUGUACGCACUAACACUUCCCAUGUUCAGGGCGAGUGGCAAAGGUCCGAAGAUGAAGACGAAGGCAGGUGAGGGGAGACACUUGUUGAAAGUAUUGCUACACAUGCUUAUCACAUUCUACGAUCAGACAUCAGAACACAACGCCAUUCGUUUGAACUGCGUGCGCAGCCUUGCCGCAAUAUAUGACCAGCUCGCCGUGUGGGAUUUUGAUACGUCCUACAGUGAGUGCGCAGUGCUGGCGACCAAGCAUGUGCUACUGUAUGCUGAGCUGUGGAGGGAAGCGGCAGAAUUAGAUGAGUCCACGCUCCUGUGGAAAAUGAUUCCAAAACAUCAUUUAUUUAUCCACUUAAUGGAACACGAUCGUGGGAAUCCAAAGGAGGGGUGGAAUUACGGUGACGAAUCAGAGAUUGGCGUGGCAGUCGAUAUGUGCACGACGCUGCAUUGCAGGACCAUCGCCACGGAAGCGGUGCGAAAGUACAGGGCAACUACUGUUGAGCGCUGAGAAAAAUAGCUUUCGAAGGGGAUUCAGAGUUUUCCGAUGUCAUUCGGGUAGUACUUCUUGGCGCACCCAGCCGUGGCGAGGAGGAUUUCCUUGGGUACGCACGCGUAUCUUGUCAGGCGACCCUAUUUCCCGAGGGUGGGAUUUCGAAGCGCUUCCAACCGUGGCGGCGAGAGGGCCUCAGACUAACAAAACAUCCC